CAGUAAGGAAGAACGCCCAUUCUCUGUCAGUGUUACCAUCACCACCGCUGCCGCCACCACUAUUAGCAGUAAGGAAGAACGCCCAUUCUCUGUCAGUGUUACCAUCACCACCGCUGCCGCCACCACUAUUAGCAGUAAGGAAGAACGCCCAUUCUCUGUCAGUGUUACCAUCACCACCGCUGCCGCCACCACUAUUAGCAGUAAGGAAGAACGCCCAUUCUCUGUCCGUGUUACCAUCACCACCGCUGCCCCCACCAUUAUUAGCAGUAAGGAAGAACGCCCAUUCUCUGUCAGUGUUACCAUCACCACCACUGCCGCCACCACUAUUAGCAGUUAG